AUGGCUUCAAUGGAGCUCGCGCUUGCAGCGUUACGUUCAGCGGAUCCUGGAGAAAAACCUAAUAUCAGUUUGGUUGCAAGAACUUACGGUGUUAGCCAAUCGGGCCUUUACAAACGUUUUCACGGUAUUACGGGCUCAAAAGAAGAGCAUUACAACACGCAACGAAUACUCACCACCUCGCAAUCAAAAGCGCUUAUAAAAUGGAUAAAUCAACUCACCGAGCGAGGCCUACCCCCUACAAAUUCAAUGUUGGCAAACUUUGCAAGAGAAAUAUCUGGUAAAGAGCCUGGUAAAAACUGGGCUACGCGCUGGCUCAAGGCUCAUUCGGAUAAGGUGAUUUCUCGCUUUUCAACGGGCCUCGAUGUGGAUAGAAAAAGGGCAGAUUCGGCACUCAAAUAUGCUUUAUAUUUUGCACUUAUUGGCCGGAAAAUAGAGCAAUAUAACCUCGGCCCGGAGCAAAUCUAUAAUAUGGAUGAGAAAGGCUUUAUGCUUGGAGUAACAACAAAACGGAAAAGAAUCUUUACUCGGCGUAAAUAUGAGCAAGGAGGCUAUAAGCAGCAUCUUCAGGAUGGAAAUCGAGAAUGGAUUACAACAAUUGGUUGUAUUUGUGCGAAUGGGACUGCUUUAGCGCCUAGUCUUAUUUAUAUGGCAAAAUCGGGCCAUAUACAAGAUUCUUGGCUUCAAGAUUUUGAUUCCCAAGUACAAAGAUGCUUCUUUGCAGCCUCAGAGUCAGGAUGGACUAAUAAUGAUAUUGGAUAUCGCUGGUUGGUGGAUGUUUUUGAUAAAGAGACAAAAUCUCAAGCAAGCCGGGGAUGGCGCCUUCUUAUCCUUGAUGGGCAUGGAUCUCACGUUACAAUGAAGUUUAUUGAAUACUGUGAUUCAAAUCGAAUCUUAUUGGCAAUUUUUCCGGCUCAUGCAACGCAUACUUUACAGCCUCUUGACGUCGCUCUUUUCUCGCCUCUUUCUAAUGCUUAUACGAAGCAAUUGGACGAUUUUAUAAAUGAUAGCCAAGGCUUCACCCGGCUCACUAAACGUGACUUUUUUCGCCUUUUUUGGGCUAGCUGGAAUGAGGUUUUUACAAGCAAGAAUAUCAAUUCAGCAUUUGCAACAACCGGUCUAUAUCCCUUCAAUCCGGAUAUUGUUAUCAAAAAUUUAACAAGAAAAUCACCAGCCGGCCAUCCUCAAGUGAAUCCGGAGCUUCAAUUAUCCCUGAAAAUGAUUGGAGACGGCUUGAGAAGAUUAGAAACGGUGUCACAACUUUCUACUAAGCUUAUCUUGCUUGAAAAUGAGAAUCAAGGCCUAAAAAGAGCUCUCAUAAAUGCAAAGAAGCCUAAAGGCAAAAAGCAGCCUUUAUUACUAGGUUUACCAUCAGAACAGGAUGGUGGAGCGCUUUUUAUGAGCCCUAGUAAGGUUCAGCAAGCUCGUGAUAUUAUUUCUCAAAAAAAUGAGCAAGCUGCGCAGGAGCAAGCUCGUAAAGAUGAUAGAAAGCUUCAACAACAGCUUACGAAGCAAGCUAAAGAGGCUAAAAAGGCUGAAAAGGCUCAAAUUCAACAAGAAAAACGUGAACAGCGUGAGCGAGAGGCUGCGGAAAAGCAACAGCUCAAGGAUGAACAAGAAUUAGCUAAAUUAGCUGGUUUACAGCUUCAAACAGAUGUUAUAUCAACUCCUAAGGCCUCAAAAAGCUCAAAAAAGCAAGCUUCUAAGCAAGCACCGCCAAAGGCGCCUCUGGAGGCUGAUUCAAAGGACGAUGGGGUGGUGGUUACUACAAAUCGACGAGGCCGCGCGAUACGGCCCCCUGCGCGUUUUCGGGACUAA